ACGAGAUCCUGAAUACUCUCAGAUUGUCUGCUUCACGAAACACAACCUCGGAGAAACUGUCCGGUGGCGAAAAGAAAAUGCAGAUGAUCGCUCUCGAGCUAGUGAAAAAUCCACCGAUUAUCAUUCUUGACGAACCGAACAGUGGUUCGGAUGAACUGUCUUCUUCUCAAUGUGUCGCGUUUCUGCAAAAAUUGGCGCAUAUUGGACAUACUGUCAUAUGUUCGAUACACACCCCCAGCGCGAAAAUAUUUCAAAAAUUAGACUACGUCUACGUCAUCACUGCAGGACAAUGCAUGUACAGAGGCAGUGCGAGCAACCUAGUGCCAUAUCUACAAAGCGUGAACAUAGAAUGUCCGAGACAUUACAAUCCUGCAGAUUUUG